CGGGGGUUGACAAAGGCGGGAGGAGGAGGAGGAGGAGAGGAGGCGGCGGCGGGGAGUGGAGUCUCGGUCACCGGAGCAACAGGAAGCCGAACCCCCUGAGCCGCAACCAUGACGGAUAAAGAAGCAUCAGAUGCCCAUUAUGAUGUUACACCUGUGACGUCACACACCCACUGUUCUUCAUUACUGACGGCCGCCUCACCUGUGCAGUCCACUCAUCUCGACACGACGCCAGCCAUUUGUCAUGAAUGGAAACGAGGAAAAAAAACAGCCUUUGAUGAUGCUGUGGAAGAACGUGUCAUUAAUGAAGAAUACAAGAUCUGGAAGAAAAAUACUCCCUUCUUGUAUGACCUGGUUAUGACUCAUGCUCUGGAAUGGCCAAGUCUGACUGCCCAGUGGUUACCUGAUGUUUCUAGACCCGAGGGGAAGGACUACAGUGUUCACAGGCUGGUGCUGGGAACCCAUACAUCUGAUGAGCAAAACCAUCUGGUCAUAGCCAGUGUUCAACUACCAAAUGAUGAUGCACAGUUUGAUGCUUCACAUUAUGACAGUGAGAAGGGAGAAUUUGGUGGAUUUGGUUCUGUUAGUGGAAAAAUAGAGAUUGAAAUAAAAAUAAACCAUGAAGGGGAAGUAAAUCGUGCCCGCUAUAUGCCUCAGAAUCCUUGUAUUAUUGCUACAAAGACGCCCUCCAGUGAUGUGUUGGUUUUUGAUUAUACCAAACAUCCGUCCAAACCAGAUCCCUCCGGUGAAUGCAAUCCAGAUCUUCGGUUACGUGGGCACCAGAAGGAAGGCUAUGGGCUCUCAUGGAAUCCCAAUCUCAGUGGCCAUCUACUUAGUGCUUCAGAUGAUCAUACCAUCUGCUUAUGGGAUAUCAGUGCUGUACCUAAAGAAGGCAAAGUAGUUGAUGCAAAAACUAUCUUUACUGGUCAUACAGCAGUAGUGGAAGAUGUGUCAUGGCACUUACUGCAUGAGUCUCUGUUUGGUUCGGUGGCAGAUGAUCAGAAACUAAUGAUCUGGGAUACCAGAUCUAACAACACAUCUAAGCCAAGCCAUUCCGUUGAUGCGCACACAGCAGAAGUGAACUGUCUUUCCUUCAAUCCUUAUAGUGAAUUUAUCUUGGCAACUGGUUCUGCUGAUAAGACUGUGGCAUUGUGGGAUUUAAGAAACCUGAAACUGAAGUUGCAUUCCUUUGAAUCACACAAGGAUGAGAUCUUCCAGGUUCAAUGGUCUCCUCAUAAUGAAACAAUCCUGGCAUCAAGUGGAACAGAUCGCAGACUGAAUGUAUGGGAUUUGAGCAAAAUUGGAGAGGAACAGUCACCUGAAGAUGCAGAGGAUGGUCCUCCAGAGCUGUUGUUUAUUCAUGGUGGUCACACAGCUAAGAUUUCAGAUUUUUCUUGGAACCCAAAUGAACCAUGGGUAAUUUGUUCUGUAUCUGAAGACAAUAUCAUGCAAGUGUGGCAGAUGGCUGAAAAUAUUUACAAUGAUGAAGAUCCUGAGGGAGCUCCUGAUCCAGAAGGUCAAGGCUCAUAGUCGGUUCUAGUUUUCAAUUGUACUUUUUCUACACAGACAUGAAAUUCUGCUAAUGCUGUUUUGGGAGAGCUGGUUGGUGUGUAACCACCACCUCCAACUCCAGGAGUUUGGAUAAAAUGUAUGUCCUCCAGUAAGGACUUAAAAAUUUUUAUGAUUGCCUGUACCCCACAAACCCUUUGCCCCAUUAUGUGCCCAUCACGGUAAUGUGCUGACAUGUCUACAUUUCUACAAAAGCAAAAUACUCCGGAUGCUGGAAAUCUGAAAUAAAAACAAAGUGCUGAAAAUGAUCAGCAGGACAAGCAGCAUCUGGACAGAAAAGAGUUAAUAUUUCAGGUCUCUCUGUGACAUUCAUCAGCAUGGUUCUGAUCAUUUCUCACAGACCUGAAGCAUUAACUAUGUUUUUCACUCCACAGGUGCUGCUUGACAUGCUGAGUAUUUUGAGCAUUUUCUGUUUUUUGCCUGCAUUUCUAUUUUGCUAAUAGGAAGUAAAGCAGCUUGUUGUCCUGUUGUGUACCAUACAUAUUUAAAGGCUUACCCCCUGACUAUCUGGAUGCUGCAGUCUGUUGUGCUCACUGUUUAUUUUGAGAUACAAGUCAGUUAAACCAAUUGAAUAUUCUCUAUGAGAGGGUCUUACUAAAUAAAAAAGUGCAUCAGUCCCAAUAAAAUAGAUGUUUUUCUACAUAAAAUGUUAAAUGUGGAUUUCUUUAUCUGUCUUUUAUUAAAUUGCUUUGAUGUAGUGGUUCAUCAUAAAUAAAGUUACUGCGGUAAAAUGGGAUUUGAACUUUA